CAUUUGAGGAGUUUCACAUCCACUCACACACACAUAUUCUCUAUUUUCUUGCUUCAAUGACGUCUAGAGAACUCAUUACUAUGAAAUGGAUUAUAAGUGUAAUGGUGGUGGUUCUAGGUAUGUGGAGUUGUGGGGUUGGAGGUGCACCACAAGUACCUUGCUACUUCAUUUUUGGGGACUCUUUGGUAGAUGAUGGGAACAAUAACCAGCUUUCUUCUUUGGCUAAAGCUAAUUACUUUCCUUAUGGAAUUGACUUUCCUGGUGGACCAACUGGAAGGUUCUCUAAUGGAAAAACUACUGUUGAUGUCAUUGCUGAACUUUUGGGAUUCGAGGAUUAUAUAUCUCCUUAUGCAACAGCCAGAGAUCGGGACAUACUCAAAGGAGUCAAUUAUGCUUCUGCAGCUGCUGGAAUAAGAGAAGAAACCGGACAACAACUAGGAGAUCGUAUAAGUUUUAGUGGGCAAGUGCAAAAUUACCAAAAGACAGUAUCCCAAAUGGUAAAUUUGCUUGGAGAUGAGAACACAACUGCAAAUUAUCUUAGCAAGUACAUUUAUUCAAUUGGAUUGGGUAGCAAUGAUUACCUUAACAAUUAUUUCAUGCCUGCUUAUUCUAGUAGUAGACAAUAUACACCACAACAGUUUGCUGAUGUUCUUAUUCAAGCGUAUGCUGAACAACUCAGGAUCCUAUAUAACUAUGGAGCAAGAAAAAUGGCUUUAUUCGGGGUUGGUGAAAUAGGUUGUAGCCCAAAUGAAUUAGCCCAAAACAGCCCAGAUGGUAGAACAUGUGUUGAAAGAAUUGAUUCCGCAAAUCAAUUAUUCAAUAACGGUUUGAAAUCUCUUGUUGAUCAACUCAACAACCAGCUUCCCGAUGCAAGGUUCAUCUAUGUAAAUGUUUAUGGUAUCUUUCAAGACAUCAUAAACAAUCCAUCAUCAUUUGGUUUAAGAGUUACAAAUGAAGGAUGUUGUGGUGUAGGAAGGAACAAUGGUCAAAUUACAUGUUUGCCACUUCAAACCCCAUGUAAUAAUAGGAACGAAUACUUAUUUUGGGAUGCAUUUCAUCCAACUGAAAUUGGCAAUACUAUAAUUGGUAAAAGAGCUUACAAUGCUCAAUCUGCAUCAGAUGCUUAUCCUAUUGAUAUCAAUCGUUUAACACAAAUAUGAUGAAAAUCUAGAAGUGGUAAUAAGUUGGUUGUGGAACUUUAUUAGUGUAUAAUGGAGUUAUUUACGACAAAGGUGUAUAAGUGUAAUUCACCAUAAAUAUUUGUUUUUAGAUUUUCAUAUUGAUGUUACUUCUCAACUGGUGAAAUUUUCUUCUAAAUUGAAUAAAACCCGUGUGAUGCACAUGUAA